AUGAUACAGAAGUUUCUGACACAAAGCAAUCCGUGGCCCACCGCAAACCCUCCCACGACCACCAAGUCCCUGCCUCAGCCCGACGACUGGGUCUCCCAGCUGGAGAGAUUGGUGGAACUGGCCGAGCGUAUCGGCUGGGCCGGCUGGGGAAAGUUGCUUGCGGCCUUGUCUAUGCGAGAAGACCCUGAAGCACCUCGGAGGCGGUAG